GGUGUAGCUCUGGGUUCGGCUGAUGAGCGGAUCCUCCUGCAAGAAAAAAAAAAAAAAAAACUUAAAGUGAGAAGAUGGUGAAGAUGGGGUGAGACCGAGAGAGAGAGCGGGCGCAGCGGGCGGCAGAGAUGGCAGCAGCGAGACGGGUGUUCCACCUCCAGCCAUGCGAGUCACCCCCGGCAGCGAUGUCCAGGAAUGGAUACUUCUUUGAAGAAACUGGUUACCUUAAGUGUGACACUGAUGAUGGCUGCGACCCCAAAGAAGAGGAAGGAGUGGGAGGCGAGGAGCUGUUUGAUACUGUGCACUCCUCCAUCGUAUCCGGGGAGAGCAUCCGCUUCUUCGUGAACGUCAACCUAGAGGGGCCGCAGAGCACCACAGCAGAAAAUGAGAGCUCCGGUUGCGUAUUGCUGCAUACAUCACGGAAAUAUCUAAAAUUAAAGAACUUUGAGGAGGAGGUGAGAGCUCACCGGGACCUGGACACCUUCCUCGCCAAAGCCAGCAUCAUCCUGGACGAGGCGGCCACCUCCCUGGACGACGUCCUGCGGGACAUGCUCAAGCACUUUGUGGAAGACCCAGAGAACGCUGAGCCCAGCUGCAACUUUGACAAAAUCAUGAGCACUUUAUUCACGGACUCCGGCGCACCGCGGGAAGGCAACGUUCACCUCCUGUCUGAUACAAUUCAAGGGGUUACAGCCACGGCAAUGGGAGUUCAGUACCAGCAAUCCUGGCUCUGUAUAAUUUGCACUAUAAAGUCCCUUCAGCGACGGCACGUGUGUAUCAGCCGCUUGGAGAGGCCACAGAAUUGGGGGGAAAACUCCUGCGAAGUGAGGUUCGUCAUCCUGGUUCUAGCGCCGCCAAAAAUGAAAAGUACCAAAACCGCCUCGGAAGUCGGGAGGACGUUUGCAACAAUGUUCUCGGACAUCGCGUUCCGGCAGAAGCUCUUAGAAACCAAAACGGAAGAGGAGUUCAAGGAGGCGCUGGUGCAUCAGAGGCACCUCCUGACCGUAGUAAACAGGCAUUCCUCCAUGAACGACGGCCACAAAGUCCACAGCCACAAACCUUUAAAGGAUCUGCUACUGUUCCCGAGUGCCGGGCCUCACAGGCAGGUCUGCCACAACUCCUUCUUCUGUCUGCUGCUGCAAGAAUUUUUCAAUGUGGGAAAGGGAAUUUUCGAUGACAUUGCACGUAGGCUGCCGGUCUACCCCCUGGAUUUCACGGAUGGUAUUCUCGGACAUAACAAGGCCAUCGGAAAGUACAUUACAACUAUGAUUUUCUUGUACUUUGCUUGCCUCCUUCCCUCUAUCGCCUUCGGCUCUCUGAACGAUGAAAGCACUGGAGGGGUGAUUGACGUGCAAAAGACGAUAGUUGGUCAGUGCAUUGGGGGUGUAAUUUACGCCCUCUUUUCUGGGCAGCCUCUGGUUGUAUUAUUGACGACAGCACCUCUGGCAUUAUAUAUCAACGUUAUACGAGGAAUCUGCGAUGACUACAACCUGGACUUUAAGGCGUUCUACGCCUGGACGGGGCUGUGGAAUAGCUGUUUUCUUGUCCUCUACUCUCUGUUCAAUUGUAGCCUGCUGAUGAAACUCUUCAAGAGGUCCACAGAAGAAAUCAUAGCACUUUUUAUAUCCAUAACGUUUGUGUUGGAUGCACUUAAAGGGAUUAUCAAAAUUUUCAAGAAAUAUUAUCUGGAGUCUCCGGGAAAGCAGCUAAAUUACCAAAUGGGGUCUUACGAGACCACGUCCAAUGUCAGCUUUACUAUCGACACCUUGUUAAACGCCACAUUGAACAACUCAUUCCUGAAAAACCAAAGCUUGGAUCACGACGAUGACCAGCACGGGAAGGAGUCCGCCGUCCUCAGCCUCAUGUUGAUGUUUGGGACGUUGUGGCUAGGUCACACACUCUACCAGUUCAAGAAAAGCCCAUACCUGCAUUCACGAGUGCGAGAGAUGCUUUCGGAUUGUGCGCUGCCCAUUUCCGUCCUGACCUUCUCCGCGGUGGGAUCGUACUUCUUCCAGGACAUACGCAUUGCCAAGUUUAAUUACAUCGAGACGGAGAGUCUGUUUGUGCUGGCUCCUAUCGGGUCGCUUUCCAUGGGCUCCAUCACCAGCGCCAUGGGUCUAGGCUUCCUCCUGUCCAUGUUGUUCUUCAUAGAGCAGAACAUUGUGGCCUCACUCACCAACGCUCCAGAGAACAGGCUGGUUAAAGGUACAGCCUACCACUGGGAUCUCCUACUGGUUGCACUUAUUAACACGGGACUGUCCGUCUUUGGGAUGCCCUGGAUUCACGCUGCCUUCCCGCACUCUCCCAUGCACGUCCGAGCCCUGGCCAACGUAGAAGAGAGAGUGGAGCAUGGUCACAUCUAUGAGACGAUUGUCAGCGUGAAGGAGACCCGCCUGACGUCGCUGGUGGCUAAUGUGAUGGUCGGCCUUUCCCUCUUCCUCCUGCCUCUCCCCCUGCAGUGGAUCCCCAAACCGGUCCUGUACGGCCUCUUCCUGUACAUCGCCCUGACCUCCAUUGACGGCAGCCAGCUCUUUGAGAGGGUGGCCCUGCUGCUGAAAGAGCAGACUGCGUAUCCUCCCACCCAUUACAUCAGGAGGGUCCCCCAGCGGAAGAUUCACUACUUCACAGGGCUCCAGGUCCUGCAGCUGGUCAUCCUGUGUGGGUUCGGCAUGUCCCCUCUCCCUUACAUGAAGAUGAUCUUUCCCCUGAUCAUGAUAGGAAUGAUCCCAAUCAGAUACAACCUUCUACCGAAAAUAAUAGAAUCCAAAUACCUGGAUGCUAUGGAUGCUGAGCACUAGGGUGGGGAUUUACCCCGCCCGCAAUGUGCUGACGUCCUUCUGCGACGGAGAAAUUGCAGGGCUUUUAUCUUAUUUUAAUUUGAAGCUUUAUUUUGAGCCCUGUAACCUUUUUGGAUUGAUAUCGGAAACGAUUGAUGGGAGUGGAACUAGGUGCACAUGGACCUCAACAAGCUGUCUUAACCAUAACUGGAAUACCCCAAAUAUGCUCUGCUGCUCCGGAGCCGGCUUGUCUCACCUCUGGACCUGACGUACUGCAUUGUACCUUUUUAUAUAUCCAGCGAACCUAAUGUCCAUUUCCGAGGACUACAGAUUUCCUUUCUGGAGUAUAAUACAGUGAGGGGGUGUUUUCCCAAAAAUAUAUAUAUAUUAUUUUUUUUUUCCCUCCGAUGAACCAGUCUUUUUAAAUGGCUUUAAGUGAACUGUGGCUGUGUGCAAGCUGUGCAAGGACAGGACUCCGGCAGAGAUGAGACCUGUUUAAAUAUAUAUAUAUAUAUAUAUAUAUAUAUUUUUAUUUUAUUUUUAUUUUUUUUUUACUCGGGUUGCAAAGCAAAGGACUGUGUCGCUGGACUCAGCAGUGGCGACGUCUGCAGAUCAACCAAAAGUGUUUCUUGUGUUUCUCCCCCCUUUUGUAGCUAAACCAGCCUUAGAAUUGAAGCUAUUUUUAUCUGUUUGAAUUGUUUUUUGUUUUGUUUUUGGGGUUUGUUUGUGUGUUUUUCUUUUUGUAAUAUAAGUAAAGAAACGUUUAAUCGGAGUUGUAAAUUUGCACAGCAGCGACUUGGCAUUAUGCACUAAUUCAGUCAGAUACCAGCACUUUUUCAACUCUAAAGCUUUUGUGUAUUAUAUAUAAUAUAUAUAUAUAUAUGUGUGUGUUGACAAACCUCCACGCGUAUAUGCUUUACAGUGCAUUGAAAAUGCAUGUUUUAUGUAUAAUGUUUAUACAACACUAGUGGAAGGUGUCACACUAGCGUUUCAAUAUGACCUCCUUCUGGACGUCCAAGCAGCAGCAGCGGCGGUGGUGGCCGGCAUUCACUCACCAAUAAGAGGUCAAGGCCAAACUCAUGGAUGACUGCGUUGCGAUAAUCACUGACUGGAUUUCUUCUGCUGCACUUUUUUGGAAAGACAGCUCUAUCCCAUGCAUGACGUCUGAACCACCACCAUGGGUGGACAGCUGGCAUCUCCAAACUGUGGUUCAUGUAUGGAUGUUCACUAACGUUUUUGAAUGUAGUCUACAUGGAGAGCUCGAAGAUCCUGGUCCUCUACCGUGGUCACCUGUUACAUUGCUGGUGUUUCAGCCGAAAUGCUGAGUUAUUUCCUGCAAAAUGCAGGGUCUGGUUUUUUGCCUGUCCCAAACCCACCCCAGAGCAGAUCUGGCGAAGGUCCUAUCUUCUAGCAGACGGGGCUCUUCCGUGACAUCUCCAGAGUCUGUUGUAUCUGACGUGAAUUUUUGUAUGAUGUUUUCAAUGUGUCCCUGAUAUUCUAAUGGGUUAAGUUUUAUGAGAAAAAGGCUAUUUUUGUACAUACGUGUAUAUCGGUUUCAGAUUCUAUAUGACAUUGAGGCAAAAAAAAUGUUGUCAAAGAUUUGUUCUGUGUCUUGUUUGCAGUGAUACUUUGUUUUUGCUAUAUCUCACUGUGUUGUACACCUUGCAUGAAACCUGGUUACUUAGGACGGCCGUUCCAUGUUCUGGGAGAAGAAGAACAAAGAAGACAUCCGCUUGUUUUUGACUUUGAGCAUGCUGCAGCCUAUAUGGAUACUAAGUAUCACUAUACGCACUUGACUGCACUAUAUCUGAAAGCAAAAUACCAUCAUUAAAUAUAGAGUAUUUCUGUAGGCGCCAUCCUUGCAGAUCCGGGAUGAGUUGUCUUCUUGACGAUACAGAAGUGUUUUGUGUCUCUGGCGGUGGCUGAUGGGCGUGGAUGUCACAUUGAGACUCAUGAAUGUAUUUAGAGGGCUGCAGCGUCUCCCUCCCGUGUCCCUUGUAACUGUGCGGUGCAUGCUCCAUGUCGGACGGCUCCUGGCGGCCAAUGGCUGCUUUAAGUCUAGCGUUUGUUAUGAGAGAGUCUUUUAUUUUGUAAAUAUUUGAUAUGUCUUGAAUCAAAGAGAACAGAGCACCGAAGAAAUUCUAUUAAUAAACAAUGGUUUAAAACAAAAA